GGUAAUAUUCUUAAAAUUCCAUAUGCAUCAAGCAUCACUAUUGAUGGGCAUUACAGGUGAUCUUCAAAGCGCAUAUAUCUUAAGGAACCUCAAUUCCGCCGACUUCCGCUAUGAUUCUGGGAAGGCAAGACUGUUAGGACUCAACCUUGAGACGUCUGGACGCCAGAGCUUACUUUACGCUUCUGUCGCCGAUAAUGUUGUGGAUGAAACUGAUGACUUCAAUGGGCAAGGGGACUCAAGGCUGGGCCGCCUGAUGCGCCUUGGAACUUCCAUCAACCUAGACAGCCGACUAACGAUCGGUUGCGCUGGAGCAGUUCUCGGUGAUCUUCAGCGAAGAAGAACUGUCAAUUACCUACCCAACGACCCUGACGCUUUGGUUGCGUUUAGGAUUAAGUCAGUCGAGAUGUUCGCUUUGUUUGACUCGAUGUUCGUGAACGCCAAUACCCUUGUGUCUCUUCAAAUUCUACAAUCCGAAUAUCACCCAAAUAGUCACCAAAGAGGCCCCAAUAACUCCGCCUCGGGCGCCAAAGAAAGUUUAUCUAUAUAUGGGCUUUUCCAACAUUUAGCCCGUACUCCACAAGGCAAAUUAAAGCUUCGCCAAACUUUUCUACGGCCCAGCACCGAUAUUGACUUGAUCCAUACCCGUCAGAAGGCUAUAUCGUUCUUGUUACGGCCGGGAAAUGCAGAGGCUCUUAUGCAGUUAAGCAACGAGCUAAAGAAAAUCAAGAACAUGAAGACAGUUAUAGCUCUUCUAGAAAAAGGCGUUGACAUUCCUGGUCGUAAAAUUUCCAUAGCUAACAAUGUCUGGGCUUCUCUACAGCGAUUUGCAGCUUACAGCUUACGACUCAGAGAUUCGCUUCGGACCCUACCAGGAGCUGAAAAGUUAGAGGUAAUUAGAAAGGUUAUUGAUACUAUUCAGCCAGUAGCCCUCUGUCAAGUAGGCGAGCUCAUUAGCCAGACCAUUGACUUUGAGCAGUCAAUAGAACGCGGAAGGACUGCUGUCAGACAGGAUGUCGAUGCUAACUUGGAUGAGCUGAAGCGGAGCUAUGAUGGGAUGGAACACUUCCUAACCAACGUCAUAGCAAAGUUGCGAGGCGAGUUGCCUGAAUGGGCGAGGAAGUACGUACAGAAUUGCAUCUUCUUCCCUCAACUAGGCUUUUUAACAGUAGUUUCUCUCAAUCCCGAUACGGGAAAAGGCAACUACGACGGCGAAGGGUUGAAAGAUUCUUGGGAGAGGAUGUUCGCAGCCGAAGGUUGCGUGUAUUACAAAAAUCGACAGAUGAAGGAGAUGGAUGAGCACUUUGGGGAUGCGUACUGCAUGAUUAUUGAUCGGGAGAUCGAGAUUAUUCACGAGCUCGCAGUUAAGAUUCUAGCACAACGUGAAGCUAUAAGCAUAGCCUCGGAUGUCCUUGGGGAGCUUGAUAGCCUGUUUGCAUUAGCAAUUGGCUGCGGCCAAUACAACUGGGUGGCACCUAGAAUGACGAGACAAAAUAUCAUACAUAUCGAAGGAGGGCGUCACCCGUUGCAGGAACUAGUAGUGCCGUCUUUCAUUGCGAACAAUUGUCAUGUCGCGGGUGGGCUAGGGGACCAAAAUGACGAAGUCCCGGAUGAGAGUUUAGAAGAGGACGAAAGGGUCUCGAUAGAACAACCCAGCACUCUCGUAUUGACAGGACCAAAUCAUUCUGGUAAGAGCGUAUAUCUCAAACAGGUUGCACUAAUUGUAUACCUAGCACAUAUUGGCUGUUUUGUUCCGGCUGAACGGGCUCGGAUCGGAAUCACGGAUCGUAUACUCACACGCAUUGCCACACGCGAAAGCGUGGCGAAGAACGAAAGCGCAUUCUCCAUUGACCUACGCCAGAUAGCGUUUGCGAUGAACUUUGCAACCCGCAGGAGCCUCGUGCUGAUAGAUGAAUUUGGCAAAGGUACGAAUAGUCUAGAUGGUGCUGGUUUGGUCACAGCGGUAUUGGACCAUUUCAUUUCCCUUGGUCCUGAGAGGCCCAAGGUUCUAGCUGCCACGCAUUUCCACGAAAUCUUUGAGGGCCAAUUUCUAGUGGAAACUCCGGAGCUAGCAUUCGGCCAUAUGGACGUCCGAAUGGACUUUGAUGCCCCUACCAUGGAAGAUCAAGUAACCUAUCUUUACCAACUUACUCCGGGUCGAAGCAUUUCAAGCUUUGGUAGUCGUUGUGCGGCGAUGAAUGGCAUCGAUCAAGCAGUGGUGGAGAGGGCCGAGUCAAUCAUGCUUAUGCUAGUCCGAAACGAAGAUCUUGAGGUCGUGUGUUCUAAGCUCUCGGACACCGAAAUGCAGAAGCUUGAAGAGGCCGAGACUGUCGCGCGAACUUUCCUUGAGCAAGAUAUCAAAGCACCACCAAGUAACGGAAAGGAUACGAAACGCCCCAGUGGAUGGUAUCGAAAGAUUCUCGAUGAGAUACUUGCCAAGUGAUUUGAUUUCAAAUCUCG